AUGGCUCAAUUUGGCAAGCUACAAGCAGAACAUCUUCAGCUUUUUGGCAAACUGCAAGCAGAAAUAGAUGGUCUCAAGGCUCAGCAACAAGGAGGAGGUAAUCAGUUUUCUAAUCAACCUUUAUCUUCGAAUGGUAGACUGCCAGCAAGCAUAGAAAAUCCAAGGUACCAAGUGAAUGCAAUCACCACUAGAAGUGGAUUAGCUCUGAAGGACCCCCCUUUUCCUUCGAAUGAUCCAGUGCCUGAGAAAGCUGAUAAGAAGGAUGAGGGUGUUCAGGUUGAGGAUGUUCUUGAUGAUAGUGAGGAGGAGCCUGUGGUGCAGGGAGAUAGUGUUAAGGAGAAAGUUCCUGAGAAGAAUGAGAGUGCUCCAUGUAAGAAGCAUGAAAGGAAGAACAAGAAGGAAGAUGACUCGGUUAUACCUUACAACCUGUUACCAUAUCCACAGAGGUUGUGGAAAUCAAAGGAGUCUGAUAGAGAGAGCAAGUUCUAUAAGAUGUUGGAUAAGCUGGAGAUCUCCAUGCCUUUUGUUGAAGCAAUCAGUCAGAUUCCAUCGUACAAGAAGUUUCUGAAGAAUAUUUUGGGUCAGAUUCCAUCGUACAAGAAGUUUCUGAAGAAUAUUUUGGGCAAUAAGAAAAAGCCAGAGAAGAGUGCGGAGAAUAUUUUGGGCAAUAAGAAAAAGCCAGAGAAGAGUGCGGUGGUGGAUUUGGGCAAUAAGAAAAAGCCAGAGAAGAGUGCGGUGGUGGAUCUGAGCGAAGGAGCCUUGACCUGUGCAGUUCUUCAACAUAAACUUCCUCCUAAGCUGAAAGACCCAGGUAGUUUUUUCAUCCCUUGCAUCAUUGGUGGAUUUGUAGUUGGUGGUGCUCUGUGCGAUCUGGGUGCCAGUGUUAGUCUUAUGCCAUAUUCUUUAUGUAAGAGACUCAACCUGGGAACACCAAAGCCCACUUCUAUGACCCUACAGAUGGCGGAUCGCUCCAUAAAGCGUCCGGUGGGAGUUCUAGAGGAUGUCCCGGUCAUGAUUGAUCAGUAUUUUAUACCAGGGGAUUUUGUUGUACUGGAUAUAGAGGAGGAUGCCAAGGUUACUAUUAUACUUGGUAGACCUUUUCUAGCUACUGCUGGUGCACUUAUUGAUGUGAGAAGAGGAAAACUAGUGAGGGAGGUGGCUGAGAACAAGAUUGAGUUUGACAUAUUCAAAAUGACGAAACACCAGCCCUCGUAUGUUGAUGAAUGUUACUUGAUAGAAGGGCUGGGUAAUGGCAUUGCUGAGAGUAAAAAGAUUGAGUUAGGGGAUUUUCAUGAUUCCCCUAUUGAUCCUGGAUCCCCUGAACUGUCAAGUGUGCUGAAACAAAAGAAAAAGUUCUCUGGUUCUGGUGGUUUCUACAAAAGAUGGAUGAGGGAGCUGUCUAAGUUCAAAAGGCCACCGGAUCGCGUGGUCCACAAUCCUACCUGA